GUUGUACACUCAUUUCUGCGAGUGUGUGUGCGUGCAGCGGAGGGUAGGCGCUGUUGGUGAUGGAAUACCAUUGACUGCCCGUUUCUCCCCCGGGUGCCUAGAAACUUCAGUUGCACCGACCGAGCGUUCCACCGCGUGCAAAGCCGUCGAGACCGCAAAGCUUUCAGUGCACCUGCAAAAGCCCUCGUUUUAUUGAAUUACAAAGUUGCCAUUGAUGGCUUGGAGUGGUAAAUAUCGCUUUGACUGACAGGACUCAAGUCACAUGAAGCAUUUGGAUGGAAAAUUGGUCUCCAUUCAGUACUCUCCAUUCAAGCAUGAUGUGGCCGCUAGUGUGGGCUUCUGAGGGGAGGCCUCUGAUUGGCCUGGUAGGGUGACGACCGACUCGAGAUGACCAGCCCCACCCCCACCUCAGCACUCGUCUGAGUGAUGAAGGUCACGGCUAACACCGUCCUCCUCUUCCUCACUCUGUCCGUACUGUGCAGAAUCAAGUCAGCAUGUGGGAAGACUGUGAAGGAUACGGUGCAAGAAUGGAACCGAUACAGGAACGAGUGCCUGCUCAAGAUCAGCACAGAUCCCAGACCCUCAGGUCUGGUGUGUGGUCGCAUGUUCGACAUGUACGCCUGCUGGACAGAUGGCCUGCCCAACACCACCGUCAAAGAGCCCUGUCCCUGGUACCUCCCCUGGCACGACCUAGUCCGGAAUGGCUUUGUGUUGAGGGAGUGUGGUCCAGACGGCCAGUGGGUUACCAAUAACACCAGUCGUACCUGGAGGGACCACUCCCAGUGCAAUGAUGACGGAGGCCAACAGAGGGCGCAGGUACAGAACAGCACUCUGCUUGAGAACCAGAUAAUUAUCCUGGCCUACUUCAGAGUGAUGUACACAGUGGGCUACUCGCUCUCGCUGGUCAGCCUCUCCCUCGCCCUCGUCAUCCUCCUCAUCUUCAGGAGACUGCGCUGCACACGGAACCUCAUCCACACCAACCUGUUUGCCUCCUUCAUCUUGAGAGCCGUGUCCAUCCUCACACGAGACGCACUGCUCACCAGAGACACGCCCGAGUUCAGGGACAACAGGGACGUGUCCAACGUGCUGAGUGACAAGGCUCUGUCGGGGUGCCGCGUGGCCCAGGUGCUGAUGCAGUACUGUGUGGGGGCCAACUACUACUGGCUGCUGGUGGAGGGCCUCUACCUGCACAACCUGCUGGUGCUCAUGGUCUUCUCAGAGAACAGCUACUACUGUGGGUACCUCGUCAUUGGCUGGGGGACUCCUGUGUUAUUCGUGGUGCCCUGGAUUGUUAUGAGAUACUUAUAUGAAAACACCAGGUGCUGGGAAAUCAAUGAAAACAUGUCGUACUGGUGGAUCAUUCGGACGCCUAUCCUUCUGGCUAUUUUGGUCAACUUCUUCAUAUUCAUAAGGAUCAUCCUAAUUCUCAUCUCCAAAUUGAAAGCCCACCAAAUGAGGUACACCGAUUACAAGUUCAGGUUGGCCAAGUCCACUCUGACCCUCAUCCCACUGCUGGGCAUCCAUGAGGUGGUGUUCGCCAUCAUGGCAGAGGAGCAGACCGAGGGAACACUCAGGAACAUCAACCUGUUCUUCGAGCUCUUCUUCAACUCCUUUCAGGGUUUUCUUGUGGCCAUCCUGUACUGCUUUGUAAACAAAGAGGUCCAAUCAGAGAUCAAGAAGAAGUGGCAGCGAUGGCGGCUCGGCAUCAGCGUGCUGGACGACCUGCGCAACACGUCCAGCCACACCCCUCAAGGCGGCGCCAUCACCGGGCACCUCUGCCACCACAACCCCCGCUGCCAGCCAGAGUGCGCCCAGGGCUCCGGCACCGACCCCCAGCCCCUCGCCAACCAACCCUCCCAGCUCAACAACCACCACCACCACCCGGGUGCCAAGAAAGGGAAGGCUUACUGCUACAUCUCUGCCCGCAAGCAGGCGAUGAACGGCCUGGAUGGGCACGUGACGGACGAUGGAGGAGGAGGAGGA